AUGAUGACGUGCCGUCUGCUGUGCGCCCUGUUGGUGCUCGCCCUGUGCUGCUGCCCGUCCGUGUGCAUGACAGCGACUGAUGACGUGAAAGAAAAUGGCUCCGGUGAACUGCCCACACCAGAGGGAAAACGUCCGGGGACCACUUCUUUAAAUCCAAGUGCUCCCACGGUACUGAAACCGGGUACUUCGAACGGUAAGGAAGAAACACAAGGUACGGUAUCCGGUGGGGCGUCAAACAAUCAAGGUGCCUCAGGUGCGCCCGGUCAGUCACAGCUACAAAGUCCUAGCGUUCCGCUACAGCCACCUACUGCACCAACCGUUGCGUCAGGUGCACAAAGUGGGCCGAUUGUACCCGAAAAAGAACAGGAAAAGGAGACGACUGCAUCAACGACCAUGACGACCAAAACCACAAAGGCACCAACCACAACUACGACUACGACUACGACCACCGCCGCGCCAGAGGCACCAAGUGAUGCGGUCAACAGUGCAGAGGCACCAACUACGACGACCACCCGCGCACCGUCACGUCUCCGCGAAAUGGACGGCAGCCUUAGCAGCUCUGCGUGGGUGUGUGCUCCGCUGCUGCUCGCCGUAUCCGCGCUGGCGUGCACCGCUGUGGGCUAA